UCUACAUCUGUCAUUCUUUUAUUUUGAAUAUUUGGCAAAUUUAAAAGGAAACGAAACCAAAAAUUAUUAAAUUUUUGGUUAAAAUUACGUUUAUUUUAAAUUAAGUGUCAAAGAAUGAACGAAGAUGACUGUUUUAUGAGUGAUACCUUGAAUGAAUUCACUUUUAAUACUCAAAAAAAACUUUUCUAUAAGAAAAAAGAAAGCCUAGAUAGUCAGGAACUAUCCUUUGAUGAUUCAGCCUUCCUAGACAAUCUAACAUUUGAUUUUGAAUUAGCUGGAAAAGUUAUUACAGGGAACAACAGUCAGGCAGUAAAUAACAGUAAGAAAGAUAAUAUAAAGCAAUGUGUUACUCAAAAACCCUCUCCUACAACCGAACAUUCAGAUACCAAACUAAAUGUCCAUGUUAGUGACAAAAAUGAAUCUCCAAAAGCAACACCACCUGGACCAUCAACUCAAAUCAAUGCCAUUGAUAAUAAAUCAUUUAAAAAUAGCAAACAGGUGACAUCCCAAUCACAAGACUCUAACACAAGUACUGUAUCCCAAUUAUCUUUAAACCAGAUAAGCUGUAAUGUCUCCAGUAACAGCAACUCCCAACCACACACUUUAUCCCAUGAAAUUCUUAGUAUGCCACCUAGUAAUACCUAUGAACUUUCAGCUUGGGGUCUACCAGAACUAGUCUUUAAAAAAUACUCAUCAAGGAAAAUUAAAAAUAUGUUUCCCUGGCAGUAUGAAUGCCUUAGCAAUCCUAAAGUUCUUCAUGAAUUAUCUAAUUUAAUUUAUUCAGCACCUACUUCCGCAGGGAAGACUUUGGUCGCUGAAAUACUUGCAAUCAAAACAAUAUUUGAGAGGAAAAAGAAGGUGAUUUUAAUAUUGCCAUUUGUGUCAAUUGUAAGGGAGAAAAUGUACUACUUUCAAGAUAUUUUGGGUACCAGUGGUAUAAGAGUGGAGGCAAUUAUGGGAUCUUAUAAUCCACCCGGUGGUUUUAAGUCUAUACAUUUUGCGAUUUGUACUAUUGAGAAGGCUAAUGGUCUCAUAAAUAAACUAAUGGAAGAAAAUAAGUUGUCUGAUAUAGGUUGUAUUUUGGUGGAUGAAAUGCAUUUAUUAGGUGAUUCAAAUAGGGGUUAUAUUCUUGAACUUCUAUUAACCAAACUCAGAUAUAUUUCAUUAAAGGACGAAAAUGUAAAACUUCAAAUAGUAGGUAUGUCAGCCACACUUCCAAACCUCGAUCAGCUUGCAAAAUGGCUUGGUGCAGAACUAUUUUCUACCACUUUCCGUCCAAUACCUCUAUAUGAACAAGUUAUAAUAGGUGGCAACAUUUAUGAUAGAAACAUGCAAUUAGUAAAAAAACUUGAUCCCUUGCCAGAUAUUUGUGUAGACACCGAUAAUGUUCUUCAAUUAUGUUUAGAUACAAUUAAAGAUUCAUGUUCAGUGUUAAUUUUCUGCCCAUCAAAAAACUGGUGUGAAAACCUAGCCCAGCAACUUGCAGUGGCAUUUUAUAAAAUAGGCAAUUCAGAUACUCCAUUGGGAGAACUUUUACGUACUCAAAUAAAAAGUGAUUUAGUUGUGGAAGUUUUGGAGCAACUCAAAUUUUGCCCUGUAGGCUUAGACUCAAUUUUAAAAAGAACUGCUUCCCUUGGCAUUGCCUUUCAUCAUGCAGGUCUAACAGUUGAUGAAAGAGACAUUAUUGAAGCUGGAUUUAGAAAUGGGGCCAUUAAAAUCAUAGUUGCCACCUCAACUCUUUCCUCUGGUGUUAAUCUACCUGCCAGAAGAGUGAUUAUCAGAAGUCCAGUGUUCUGUGGAAAACCUAUUGAUCUUUUAACAUAUAAACAAAUGGCUGGCAGGGCCGGUAGGAUGGGCAAAGACACCAUGGGGGAAAGUAUUUUAAUAUGCCAGCAAAGUGAACAAAAAAUUGCCAAAUUACUUUUGAGUGGACAAUUGCCAGCUGUACAAAGCUGUCUUGAAACAGGUGACAAACUUGAGAGGGCCAUUUUGGAAGUUAUUGCUAGUGGAGUAGCUUCAAAGCCAGAAGAUGUCACUUUGUUUACCAAUUGCACCCUAUUGUCUGUUAUUAAUGAAGGCAAUGGGGGCUUGGAAGAUCCUAUAGGAGAAGCCAUUGAAUAUCUCAAAAAGAAUGAAUUUAUCAGACUUCAGUCUUUGGAAAACCAGGUUUCUCAGUAUGUUGCAACUUCAUUGGGAAAGGCUUGUUUAUCUUCUUCCAUAGCACCUGAUGAAGGACUAGCUCUCUUUGCAGAAUUGGAAAAAGCGAGGCAAUGUUUUGUUCUGGAAUCAGAACUUCAUUUAAUUUAUCUUGUUACUCCAUAUUCUGCUUGCCAUUCUUGGGGUAAUAUUGAUUGGAUGUUCUAUUUGAAUCUAUGGGAAAAACUACCAACUGCCAUGAAAAGAGUUGGUGAACUAGUAGGCGUUAGAGAGGCAUACAUUGUUAAUGCCAGUAGAAGAAAAAUAGAUACAAACAGUAGUUCUGGCUAUAAGAAACUCAUGGUGCAUAAGAGAUUUUUUGUCGCUUUGGCUUUGCAAGACUUAGUAAAUGAAAUACCACUUGGAGAUGUGUGUGCAAAAUUUAACUGUAACCGGGGCAUGCUCCAAUCUUUACAACAAUCCGCCUCAACAUUUGCUGGAAUGGUAACGUCCUUUAGUCGCCAGUUAGGUUGGGCAAGUGUGGAAAUCCUGUUGGCUCAGUUUCAGGAUAGAAUGCAGUUUGGCGUUAGCCGUGACUUACUAGAUUUGAUGCGACUACCAUCGCUAAACGGCAAACUUGCUAGAACAUUAUAUAACGCUGGGAUAGAAACUGUAGUUCAGUUAGCCAAUCAUGAUGUAGCUACCGUCGAGACCGUUCUUUGUAGGGCAGGACCUUUUGAGAGAAGUAAGGAGAGAGAAGGCGAAUCAGAAUUUGAUUAUAAACAAAGAAAUAAACUAAGAACUGUGUGGAUCACUGGCAAAGAUGGACUGACAGAAAGGCAGGCGGCGGAAUUGUUGGUGCAAGAUGCCAGGAACUAUUUAAAAACUGAAAUGGGACUGCAGGAGGCAAAGUGGGAGUCAUCUGCUUGUUCGCAGGGCGAUAAAAGUGAUGAUAUUACGAAAAGGGAAUCGGUUGUAGAGGUCGAAGAAGAAAAUCAUAAUGAAAAAGAUAAAGAAGUAAUAGAUGAAUUUAAAGAACAAGAAGAAACACCUGAUUUACUAGAGAACUCUAGUGGGAAUUCAAGUAUUAAAAGCAAUUUGUCUAGUUUUGGAGAUGAAGAAGAGAGCCAAAGUUUUCUAAGUCCUAAUAAAGCAUCCACUCUAGAUAAAAAUGAAGAUCUUAGUUUAGCAGAUGAAGUUAUGCAUGCUGAUACACAAUUGGAGCAAAAAACUUAUCAAAGUCCUGAAUAUAGCAGUGAUUACCAAACAGACACUUUUGAGACUGUUAUUAAUAAGAAGCUUGUAGACACUGAAAAGCCUAAAAGUCCUAAAUCGCCCAAAUCAGUUGCAAGUGAGAGAUCAUAUGAUUUUAAUUUAUCUAAUAAUUCAAGCUGCUCAAUGUUCUCGGAUAUAAGUUUCACCAGAAUAGAAGAGAACCUUGAUAUUGGGUGUAAAGAAAAAGUGGAAAUUGUAGAUUUGAAACAGUGUGAUCAAAUGCAAGAUGAAUGUAACAAUAGCCCAGUUAAAAACACAUCGCGAAAAUCAUCAACAGGAUUUAUUAGUGGAGAAUCUUUGAUCCUUGAGCAGAUUAGCAUUGAAGAUUUUGGUAUGUCAGAAAAAAGUGAUUGUAAUAUUGAUGAGUUUGAAACACAAGGCAAUUUUGACAAAGCCUUGCAGGACUUUAAUUUUACUCAUGAAAUAGAGAAAAAUAGUAAUGACUAUUUGGGUAAAAACCAAUUACAGCUAGUUCCAUCAACAAGUAAUGCUAAUUUAGACGACAUACUGGUAUCAUCAAGAAAACGAAAUCGUUCAGCCAAUAAUUUAGAACUAUCUUCUGAAGAUUCAUUGGUAGAAUCAACUCCUCCAAAGAAAAUCAAAAUGCUAAAUAAUGUAACUAAAACUCCAUUCAGCAGCACUAUAAAGAGGAUCUCUCAGAUAAGUCUUACAAGUAAUAGUGAAAAUAAAUCAAUUUCUCCACUGUUCACUAAUGUUGAAACUGGCACUAAAAAUACCAUUUCAAAACAUGUACUUACCAAAGAAACACCAAUGAGAAAAGUAUCUGUUGGGAUUCCAAGCAAAACCCUUCAGCUAAAACAAGAAGAUAAUAGUAUUAGUGAAAUCGAAGUUCUUAUGGAGAUAGCAAUUGUUGAUGUAUGCACUGCAGAAGACUCUUUAGUAGCGUCAUUUUUGGGACUGCUUCAAGAGAAAUCAGAAUUUUCCUUAUGCUGCUAUUGGAAUAAAAUAAAAGAAAUUAAGCCUGUAAUUGGUGCGAAUAUUUUGGAGUUAAGGCAAAAUAAUAAUAUUAGUAGUGCAUUACAUAGUAUGAGAUUUAAAGAUAAGAGGGUAGAAGCUUUGGCGUUUUAUUGGGGUGGCAAGGAGACCUACUAUCUCUCCACAAAAAAUCUUAUUAAGACAAAACAAUGGCUUACACAACUGAGAACUGUUUUUGGAGAUGAAAAGAGAUAUGUUAGAAUGUUUAAUGCUAAGGAACAAAUUAAGAUUUUAAAGCAAUGCUGUGAUAUAGACUUUAGAUGUAAGAUUGAGGAUCCAGCAGUUGCCGAUUGGCUCUUAGAUGCUGAAGAGAGGGAAAGAAAUUUGGAAGAAAUGGCAAAGAGUUAUUCUCAUGAAUCUAAUAAAGCUGUUGUCACGUUAUUUGAAAAACUCAAACGUUUAAAACAAGAUGCUGAUCUAGUAGAUGAGAGUGUUAUUUCUAAAGUAAAGUCAGUAGUUGAGGCAGUUUAUGCAUGGAGGCUCAUAGAGACACUAACUAAAAAAUUGACUGAAACAAUGCCUAAAAUUAAAAGCGUUAUGAAUCCACAUUUUCCUAGCAAUUAUGAUUUAGAAAUGCAGACCCAAGUAUGCCUGGCCAAUUUAGAAUUAACCGGAAUGGGUAUAAAUUGCGUGAUCUUACAAGACUUGGCAGAUAUGAUGAAAAUUCAACAAGGAGCAAUUGAGAAAAAGGCAUACUCUUUAGCAGGGAGAAGAUUUAACUUCAAUUCAUCAAAAGACGUUUCUAAAGUAACUAGAUUGUAUAAAGGGAAGAAGGGCAGUACGAAACGGAUGUUUUUGGAGCAAAGUGACCAUCCAAUAUCUGAAUUGGUCAUCAACUGGCGUAAAAUAAACCAUAGUCUUACCAAAAUGGUUUAUCCCUUCUUAAGGGCCUGUGACAGUGACCGAAUUUAUGGGAAUUAUUAUACCCAUACUGCCACUGGUAGGAUUACUAUGCAUGAACCUAACAUUCAAAUGGUCACUAAAGAUUUCAAAGUUACUGACUUUACAUUAAAAAAGGAGAUUGUUAUUAGUUGUCGUAAAGCUUUCACAGCAUCACAAGGAUUUAUCUUGGUGUCAGCUGACUAUUGUCAACUAGAGCUUAGAAUUCUUACUUACUUAUCCCAGGAUAGUUUAUUAAAAAACAUCAUGGACAACCCUGGAGAUAUUUUUAAAUCGGUGGCAGCCAAAUGGAAUAACGUCUCUGAAGAUUUGGUCACAGAGGCAAUGAGGCACAACACUAAACAACUUUGUUAUGGUAUAAUUUAUGGCAUGGGAGCAAAGACCUUGGCUGACCAGCUAAACAUUUCCGAGGACGAGGUGGUUGAAUUCAUGGAAAGUUUUCGAAAUACUUAUUCGGGAAUAAAAGAGUUUGUUAAAAAAACUGUGGAGUUGUGCAGGAAGAACCAGUAUGUGGAAACGCUUACUGGUAGAAGGAGAUACUUGCCUCAUAUAAACGAUAGUGAUUUGGCUGUUAGAGGUCACGCAGAACGACAAGCGGUAAAUACAACAGUACAAGGAUCAGCGGCGGAUAUAGUAAAAAACGCCAUGAUAACGAUAGAGGAUGGCAUAAAUUCGAUUUUUCAAAAGACCCGCUGUAAACCGAAGUUAAUACUUCAUUUACAUGACGAACUUAUGUACGAAGUGCCUGAGAAGUAUGUGAGAAAGACGGCAAAAAUUAUUAGAAAGGGAAUGGAAAAUUCGGCCUUUGUAUUUGGGCAUUUUCCUGUUAAAAUUAAAACUGGAUUGUCAUGGGGUGAAUUGGUUGAAUAUACAGAAUAACAUACAGGAUGAUCUUUCAUAAAAAUUCAUGGAAAAGUAACAUUUUUUGUAUAUAUAGAAAGUUAUUCGUAUUUUUAUGAAAGAUAGCAUAUCCUAUAUGUUUAUGUGUAAUAUUGUUCUGAAGUAGAUGUUUAUAUACAUUUGUAAUAUUGUAUAUAAACUUACCUAUUUUUAUACAAUUUUUAAUAUUUAUUGUUGCAGAGAACUAUUUAUUAAUUGUGAUACCUUUUUAUAUACGUAUAUAUUUGUAAAUUGUUUUUAAUGUCUGUAGCACAUAUUUACCCAUUAUAGUCUUUUUACAUAUUUUAACCAUUUUUUAAAAAAAUGACCAAGAAGUCUCAUUUUAGUGAUAGAGUUUGGACGCUGUAGCCUUUAAAAUAUAUUGUAACCAUUA